UAGAAACACUUGCUGGAGAGUGGGGAGAAUAAACAAGUGACAUGGACUUGAUGGGAAUGUGGAAACUGAGACCCAGAGAGGUUCAGUCAUUUACUGAAGGUCAAAUCUCGAGGACAUAGCAGCCCUGAAGUUUGACUGCAGCAACUGUAAACUCUCCAGCGAUAAGGUCACUUUAUCAGCACCUGGUUAUAUGGUCUGCACAUGAGGAUGACCAACAUGUGGACCUGGACAAAUCGAUUUAGCUCCUGAGCACUGAAAGUGACUUCAUGUAUCUCCGUGUGUGGUUCGUUUUCCUCAGGUGUAUGGAAAACACCCCAUGGAGUCAGGGAACCUCACCUGGAUAUCAGAAUUUGUCUUCCUGGGGCUCUCACAGACUCGGGAACUCCAGCUUUUCCUGUUUUUGGUGUUCCUGCUGGUCUACACCACCACUGUUCUGGGGAACCUCCUCAUCAUGAUCACAGUGACCGCAGACUCCCGGCUUCACAGCCCCAUGUACUUUCUGCUUCGGAAUCUGGCUAUCUUAGACCUCUGUUUCUCCUCAGUCACUGCCCCAAAGAUGCUGGUGGACUUCCUCUCUGAGAAGAAGACCAUCUCCUACCUGGGCUGCAUGGCCCAGGUCUUCUUCUUCCACUUUCUGGGAGGUGCCAUGGUCUUCUUCCUCUCAGUGAUGGCCUAUGACCGCCUUGUUGCCAUCUCCCGGCCCCUCCACUAUGUCACCAUCAUGAACACUCAGCUGUGUGUGGGGCUGGUGGUGACAGCGUGGAUGGUAGGUUUUGUCCACUCCAUUACCCAACUGGCUCUGAUGCUGCCACUGCCUUUCUGUGGCCCCAAUGUCCUGGAUAACUUCUACUGUGAUGUCCCACAAGUGCUGAAACUUGCCUGCACUGACACCUCCCUCCUAGAGUUCCUCAUGAUCUCCAACAGUGGGCUGCUGGAUGUCAUCUGGUUCGUCCUCCUCCUGGCCUCCUACUUGGUCAUCCUGGUGAUGCUAAGGUCCCAUUCAGAGCAGGCAAGGAGGAAAGCAGCUUCCACCUGCACCACCCACAUCGUCGUGGUGUCUAUGGUCUUCAUUCCAAGCAUCUACCUCUAUGCCCGGCCCUUCACUGCCUUCUCCAUGGACAAGGCUGUGUCCAUCAGCCACACGGUCAUGACCCCCAUGCUCAACCCCAUGAUCUACACCCUGAGGAACCAGGAGAUGCAGGCAGCAGUGAAGAGAUUAGGGAGACAGCGACUGGUUUGUAAAAAGGACUGACAGUGGGUAGGUCACUUCUCUUU